AUGGGCUCCGUGGCCCGGCUGGGGCCGGCCCUGGGGCUGGCCCUGGGACUGGCCCUGGGACUGGCCUUGGGGCCGGGCCCGGGGGUCGCCGGGCUCCGGGGGAAGGCGGAGGGCCCCCCGGACCGGGUGUCCGACCACAUGCUCCUCCUCUACCACAGCUUCCGCGCCGGAGCCCCGGGCCGGCCCCCGCCCCGCCAGGGCAACACCGUCCGCAGCUUCCGAGCCCGCCCGCCUGGGCCCGCAGGGAAGCCGGGCGGGCCGGAGCUGCACGUUUUUAACCUGAGCUCCCUCACCAAGUCGGAAAGCAUCUUGUCGGCCAGCCUGCAUUACUACCUGGGGGAGCAGGAGGGGAGGCAGGGGCGCUGCGGGGUAGCCUCGACCUGCGCCCGGCCCGCCCGCCUCCGCCUCGGCCUGUGGGCCUGGGGAGCGGCCCGGCCCGGCCGCCAGAGGCCGCUGGCGAGCGGCGGCCGCCCCCUCGGCGCCCCGACUGCGGCUGCGCGGGGCCGGCCCGGCCGCCAGAGGCCGCUGGCGAGCCGCGUCUUCUCCCUGGGCGCCCCGACUGCGGCUGCGCGGGGCCGGCCGGCCUGGCGGGCCCAGGACAUCACGCGGGCGCUGCGCGCCGCCACGGCCGGCGGCCGGCGCCUCGUGGCCGUCACCAUCGCCGCCAGAGGGCGCAGCGGCGCCGCCCGCCGCCCGCCCGCGCAGCCGCCCUACAUCCUCGUGUUCGCCAACGACACCGCCCUCUCGGCGCCGCUAGGGGGCGCCGCGCCGUGGCCGGCCCGCGGGAGGCGGCGCCCCUCGCACCUGCCCCGCCCCGGGCCCGAGCGCCACGACCCGCCACACGUCACGCUCCCCGGGCCCGAGCGCCACGACCCGCCGCACGCGCCCCUCCCCGGGCGCGAGCCCCACGUUGCAUCCCCCUCCGGGCCCGAGCGCCACGUUGCAUCCCUCUCCGGGCCCGAACGCCACGUUGCGCUCCUCCCCGGGCCCGAGCGCCACGUUGCAUCCCUCUCCGGGCCCGAGCGCCACGACCCGCCGCACCGGCACCUCCCCGGGCCCGAGCGCCACGCACCCUUCCAGGCGCCCCUCCCGGGGCCUCGACGUCGCAGACGCUCCGCCGGCCCCGGCCGACCCCUGCAGGACAACGAGCUCCCGGGGACCGAGGUCCGGGGCGGCGGAGGCUGGGCCGGAGGCUGGGCCGGGGGGCAGAAGCAGCCCUACCUGACCCUGGAGGCCCAGCCCGGGAAGAGCAGGAAGAAGCAGAGGAAGAAGCAGGAGGAGAAGAGCCAGAUCCUGCAGUUCGACGAACGGACCCUAACGCAGGCGCGGAGGAAGCAGUGGGGCGAGCCGCGGAACUGCGCCCGGCGCUAUCUCAAGGUGGAUUUUGCGGACAUCGGCUGGAGCGAGUGGAUUAUCUCCCCCAAGUCCUUCGACGCCUUCUACUGCGCCGGGGCCUGUCAGUUCCCCAUGCCGAAGGCCCUAAAACCUUCCAACCACGCCACCAUCCAGAGCAUCGUGAGGGCCGUUGGCGUGGUCCCCGGCAUUCCCGAGCCCUGCUGCGUGCCGGAGAGGAUGUCUCCCCUCAGCAUCCUCUUCUUCGACGAAAACAGGAACGUGGUGCUCAAGCUCUACCCUAACAUGACAGUGGAGUCCUGUGCUUGCAGAUAGCCAUGGAUCUGGCCGGGCUCUCUGAGGAUACUAUCACCCUGCCCGCGUUUAUCAACCCAGAAGACUGGCGGCAUCCAGCCGAGGAAUCUGCUUUGCGCUUGUCCCAGGAAGGGCCUGAGACAAGAUGGAUUAUUCCUUUCGGGGGCGGCGGCCUCGCCCGCCCCAGAGAUUCCUUAGAACCGUUGGGGGGACACGGUGAUCUAUUUUUGUACAGGGCUUUGAAGUCCACUCAUAAACCAGCCGUCACUGUUGA